AAUUUGUAAUAACAUAAUGUAAUUUUAAUACAGAAACAUUUAAUACUUGAAUGAAUUAUAUAAUGAAUAAUGAAAUAAAAUAUUAAUCAAAGUGUUAUAUACCUAUUAUAUGCAAUCUGAUCGUGAAAUGCGCCGGUGACAUGUUUUAAAAUUUCGAGGCCCGCCAAGAUAAUUGGAAAUAAUUUUGAAUAUAAUAUAUUUAUCAUAUAAUUUUCAAUUAGUUUUCAUUGUUUUUAAUUUAUUGAAUUAAUUAAUUAAUAAACUUAUAAACCUAAACAUCAUUAUCACACUAGAUUAAAGCAUGUAGUAGGUAAACCCUAAUACACCGGUUAGUAAGAAAUUGUCUGACGAAAAAAUAUUUUAUUUACAUAAUACAUAAUAAUAUGUUAGUCUUUUAAGACGAUUAAAUAUUGAUGUAUCGAAUUUUUAUAAUAAAAAAAAUGUCUGGGGGGCCCCAGAUACACCUUUGUAGCUGAUAAUAUUUAACUGCAGACAACUUUCCAAUACAAAAAUGUUGCAUUAAUUAUAAGUGUGUCAUAAUUUAUUUUGGGUGAAAAUAUUUAUUUUAAGAAACCAAGAUUUGUUAUACAUUCAAUCAAAUACAUUAAAAUAAAGUAUUCUUAUACUAUACUUGAUAUGACCAAUACAAAAUGUAAAAACACUAAUAAAAUAGAAAUAUAGAAUAGGUAAUCAAUAUUCAUAAAGUAUUUUAAUAUAUAAAUAAAAUUCUUGCCUACAAGUGGCGGAAAAAACUUGUAUCAGAAAUUCUUAUGCUAAAAGAACUCAUAGUUUAUGUACGUAAUGUUAUAUUUAUUUUGCAAUAUGUUGCACUAGUCCAAGAAAAGGUAUGAAGUAAAUUAUGAUAAUAAAAUUAACAUAAAAAAACAAUUAUUGAUCUUCAUAUGGUACAUGGCUAACUGUGAAACCCAUCGACAAAUAGGAAACAGAUUUAAUAUUGCUGACAGUACCAGCCAUAAAGUAGUGCUAAAUUGUUUAAAUAAUAUGAAAGAACUAUCUGGUAAAUUUAUAAGAUGGCCUAGAGGACAAGAAGCCAUCAUCACUGUGCAAAAAUUCAACUGUCUUAGACCAAAUGCUUUCCCUGGAGUAUUGGGGGCAGUCGACGGUUGUCAUAUUUCUAUACUUGCCCCUUGGGAAAAAAGGACUGUUAUGGAAAAACUUGAUAGGAAUAUGUUUUACAAUAGAAAACAAGUCCCUUCAGUUCUGCUACAGGGCAUAGUGGAUUCCGAUCUGAAGUUCAUUGAUGUGUUUUCGGGUUGGCCCGGAUCAUCUCACGACGCAUGAGUGUUCAGAAGAAGUCUAAUAGGACAAAAACUUUUGAGUAAUGAUUUAAGUAUUUUACCAGAAAAUUGUCAUAUUCUGGGUGAUGGAGCUUACCCACUAUCAGAGAAUGUUAUGAUCCCUUACAGGGACAAUGGGAAUUUAACCUUAGCCCAAAAACAUUUCAAUCGGUGCCUGAGUAGUUCUCGAGUUGUAGUUGAACAAGCAUUUGGGAAACUCUACUGCAGAUUUAGAAAGUUGAAACAUAUGGAUGUAUACCACAAAUCACUAUGUGGUUUGAUAAUCACUGCAGCUUGUUGCUUACAUAACAUAUGUAUCGAUAUGCAAGACGAUUUUGAUGCUGACCCUUAUACUCCAGAGUUAGAUUCUGAAGAGAACUCUCUUGCGGCGUCAAGACUUGGAGCUAGAAAACGUGAUGAACCGUGCAAUAUGUUAAAUAUUAAUAUGCAUAUCUAUAUGCAAUACUAUAGAAUUAUUUAUAACUCAAUAUUAUUUAAUGUAGGGAGGUAUUUAUUGUUAUCAUCGCAAUCAACUAUUAAUUUAACGACAACAGUGCGAUGCACAUUUAAUCUCUAUCAUUCUAAUAUUCUUAUGUACUACCUUUUCAAAACUAUUUUUCAGUUCAAGAAAUUGUCAAAACGCCAUACAGUUUUCACAGUCAUAUUUUAAAUAUUAUAAAUUUAUCUUUCCAAAUUUUUCGUUUUAUUUUAGUACAAUCUAAUAACAGCAUUAACAGUUUAUUUGGAGUUCUGAAUUUUCAUGAACAUUUAUCAAACUUUUUUUUUUCAUACAUAUUUUACAAUUUUUCCUUCUGAUUGCUUCUGAUAAAAGGGAUUUUUUUUAACUAUAAUUUUAUUAUUUUAUUUACUAUUUUAUAUUUAUUGUUUUUUACAUAGCUUAUGUUGUUGUCGGAAGCAGAAGUACUAGAAGAAUUAGCUGAAAGUUUGCGUGCAGAUCUAAACCAAUCCAUGUCAAAAAAUAAAGAAAAUUCUUUAUGGUUCUAAAAAGUUUAUCCUGCUUUAAUUAUUAAACCAUUCCAUCAAGUAGACUAGUUUUCUCUAGUUCACAUAUUAAAACUACAAUGAUACUAAUGAUACUGUUUAAGUCACAGUGAAUUUUAAAGAAAACUUAUUUUUGUUUAAUUUUAGAUGUCAGCUUUAACAAUUAUUUAUUUAUUCAAAGAGACAAAUUCCCUUUUAAAAUAUUUCCAUGUUUAUUGCUUAAGUAAAGUUUUUAUUAAUGAUUUUUACCAAACGAGUUGUAACUUUAUUACUAACUUAUUAAAAUUCUAUUUUUUCGGUUAGAUGAGUUAGGAUUGCAUAUUGAGCAAUUCACCGCCACACAUAUUUAAUGAAAGCUUUGUACAAAUACAUAUUAAUUAAAAAUAAAUAGCAUAAGUAAUGAUUGCUGAGCACAUCCAAGCACUCCCCCCCUAAAAUUGCAUCAAUGGUUAUUACUUAUUAGUAACAUUGGGAAUACCUUAAUCCGUCAAUUUGUCUGUAUAAAACGCUUUCACCUAAAAUCGUAUUUUUUUUUUUAUGAUUUUUGACUAAAAUCAACUAUCACAAAAACUAUAGAGGAUAAUGUAUCGAUUUUAUAUUUAAUUGUAAUUAGACUUUGUAUUUAACUUUCAAAAUA